UGACGGAUGAGCUCCGCCGACGCGUCGAGACGGUGACGGCAUCGGCAUCUGCAACGACCUCUACGCCCCCGGUGACGGUGGCGAAGACUCUUCCCGUGGAGGCCCUCCCGAGGGAACGAGCCGCGAUGGUUCCGGGCGUCCGCGGCGGCGGGGGAUGUUGCGGCGGGGGAGGGUGCGGCGGCGGCGCGGGAGGGUCGACCGACGGGUCGAUCCCAAACGACGACGACGACGACGGGGGCGGGCGCGCCGAGGAGGAGUUGACGGACGCGACACGCGCGCUGGCGCUGGCGGCGAACGAUGAGGAGGACGCCCCUCAUCGCGUAGUGCAUCGCGUCGCCGGGCAGGAGUUCGUCCUCCCGCCACAUUGCGCGGGGGACCGAUCGAGGUGCGCAUUCGUCUGGGUGGGCGGCGGCGAGAGCCCCGCGCUGGCGCAGGCGCUCGCGAUUCUCCACGGGCGCUGCGCUGGGGUGGCGCAGGUGCACCCGACGACGUCGCGGCUCGUCGCCGAGGCGACCGGGUCCGCGGACGUGGCGCGCGUGGUGAAGCGACGGCGGUACCUGAUCGAGCGCGCGAGGGAGGCGAAGGUGGUGGGAAUCGUCGCAGGAACCCUCGGCGUUGCGGGGUACCUCACCGCGAUUACGCGGCUGAGACGGGUCAUCGCGGCGAGUGGGCGAAAAUCCUACACCGUCGUGGCGGGUAAGCCGAAUCCGCAGAAGCUGGCGAACUUCCCGGAGAUCGAGGCGUUCGUCCUGGUGGCGUGCGAGCAGGCGGCGCUGAUCGACGGGAGGGACUACCUGCAGCCGGUGAUCACCCCGUGGGAGGCGGAGGUGGCGUUCACGCACGGUAAGGUGUGGGACGGGGAGGUGAGGCUGGACUUUGAGCACCUCCUCGGGGGUGCCCCGGAGGUUCAUAAAAAAGGCGGUGUCGGGGACGACGCCGGGCCGGAGUUUUCCUUCCUGGGAGGCGGCGUCCGCGCUCGAGUUACAUGCGACGGUUCCGACGUACGGGCCGAGGGUGCCGAGGGUGCCGAGGGUGCCGAGGGUGCCAACUCCGACUCCGACGACGGGGUCCUCGGCGACGGGGGCAAGGCGCUGGCGCUUCGAGCGGAGCGCGCGGUGACGGCUCGGACACAAGGCGGGGGUCUGUCCGACGUGAGGUCGGGCGCCGAGUAUUUGCUGAGCCGGCGAACGUACGUGGGGCUCGAACCGGGGCCCAAGCGAGGGGAAGACGGUGCCGUCGCGGACGCGCCUCUGGAGGCUGCGCAGGGCUUGAAGGGGCGCGCGCAUGGGUACGCGCAAGAGAGUUAAGUCGACGCUUAGCAACGAACAGGGAGAAGCGACGAGGGACAAGUCCAAGUC